UCACAACUCUGGAUGCGGAUUUACUCACAUAAAUGACUUUGCACAAAGUCUCUGGAGGGACUUCCACCUGGAUUAAUGUUUCGACCAUGAGGAUACCUGCGCUUGGAAAUGAAACUGUGAACGCUGCAGUGUAGGAUCAACUAGUUAGAAAGUCCAGUGAAGUAGCAAAUACUUCACCAUCAGUAACCUACAGUGUCCAACUCUAAGAAGCCAGGAGCUAUGCAGGCAGCCUGCGUCUGGAUUGUCAGAGCUUCCGUCCUCUGCCUGUUGCUUUGGUCAGACCUCCUGGACUGCCAAUAUACUACAGACCACAGGAAGGUUACUCAGAGGGCAGAGCCUCAACAAGAGUUCAGGGCAGAGCAUGGAGAGAUUCAGGGCUCCUGGGGCGCCUGGGGGCCGUGGUCAUCCUGCUCCCGGACCUGUGGGAGAGGGGUACAAGAGCAGAGCAGGCCCUGCCUGCCUGUUUACACUCCAUCCCAAUACCCCUCCAGAAGAGCUGGUGUUCCCCCACAGCAACCAGGCCAUGUCAUUUCAGCCCUGCGGCCAACAGUUCCUCUGCACCGCAAUGCAGGCAGGUCCUCCAACAGCAGCAGUCGUGGAGAUCUGAGGGCGGAGAAGGAGACGCGUCCUGGUGGACGGAGGAGGGUCACCCACAUCACCCCGGGGCGGUAUGGCUACGGGAGAGCUCCUUAUGUUGCUCCAUUGCAGACGGACACAGGCCAGGGCUCUGGGACGGCUCACCCCCACAGACAGAGACGCUCUCCUGCGGCUGAUGCCCACCACCACCCAACCACUAGAGGCCACGGUGGCCACAGGUCAAACAACCUGGACAUUUCCAGCAACCUCCAUCGCUACAGCAGACCCUACAUGCAGCCCAGGGCACAGCAGCCCAAAAAUAACCAAGUCUGGGCCCCCCUAUACCAGCCUGGUUCAGCCAACCAGGAUCAUGUCCAGCAGGAGCCACAGUCGAGCAUCCAGACUUCUGGACCCCAGCGGCACCAAGAGAGACCCUACAACCCCCUGCCUAGUUCCUUCUGCACCGGGGAGCAUGCUCACUACAGUAUCUGCAACAGUAAUGCCUGUCCUCCAUCCAGCAGACACAUCAGGGCUGUUCAGUGUUCUUCAUACAACAACCAACCUUUCAUGGGCAGAUUGUACGAGUGGGAACCUUUCAAUGAAGUUCCUGGGGAUCAGCAUUGUGAACUCAAUUGCCGGGCCAUCGGGUUCAGGUUCUACGUGCAACAGUCAGAGAGGGUGAUCGAUGGGACACCAUGUGGGCAGAAUGAUACUUCUCUCUGCGUGGCGGGAAAGUGUUCGAGUCUAGGCUGCGAUGAGUAUCUGGGAUCGGGAAAAGUGAUGGACAAGUGCGGCGUGUGCGGAGGCGACAACACAUCCUGCAGGCUGGUCUCUGGACUGUUCAAACACAGUUUAACCAAGAUUGGCUACCACAAGAUAGUGGAGAUCCCAGAGGGAGCCACCAAGAUCAACGUCACAGAAAUGGUGAAGAGCAGAAACUACCUAGCUCUCCGAAGCCGAUCGGGGCGAUCCAUCAUUAAUGGAAACUGGGCUAUUGACCGACCAGGGAAGUACGAAGGAGGGGGGACCAUGUUCACCUACCGUCGACCCAACGAAAUCAGAAGCACGGCUGGGGAGUCUUUUCUCGCUGAAGGGCCCACCAAUGAGAUCCUGGACGUUUAUAUGAUCUUCCAGCAGCCAAACCCUGGUGUUCACUAUGAGUACGUUGUCCCCUCUGAGAAUCCAGUCGGCCCUCAGCAACCAAACCCCAGACAAGAAGGGAACGCUGUGAAUGGACAGGGUGGUUACGACCAUAACAGCAACACUCGCCAAGAAAACUUCCAUACAGCAGGUGGGGGGUGGGACCCUACUCGUCUCCCCGACAACCAGGUUCCCGUCGUACAGCCACCCAGACGUGAGAGAGAGUACAACUGGAAACUGUCCGGUUCUACGGAGUGUAGCGCCUCCUGUGGUAAAGGAUUCAGACACUCCGUCUUUCACUGCGUCUCCCGGCUGAACCAAGGUCAGGUAUCAGACGCUUUGUGCGACAGCAGCAGCAGACCAACUCCGCAGGAAGAGGCCUGCAACCUGCAGCCCUGCCCAGCGUUCUGGGAUAUUGGAGAGUGGUCAGAAUGCAGUAAGAGCUGCGGUUUGGGCAUGCAACACCGACAGGUCCUGUGUCGCCAGAUUUACGCCAACCGCACGCUCAACGUCCACACGAGCCGCUGUCGACACUUAGAGCGGCCCGAGAUCGCCAGUACCUGCCAGAUGAAGAUCUGCAGUGAGUGGCAGAUACGCUCCGAGUGGACCGCUUGUUCGGUGCCGUGUGGGCUGGGUCAGAGGUCAAGAGAGGUCCGCUGUGUCAGCAACGUGGGCGACUUUGUUCCCGACGAGGAGUGCAACAUGAAUCUGCGGCCCAUCGACGUAGAGAACUGUGACAUGGGAUCCUGUGCCAAGAGCUGGUUCUACACCGAGUGGGGCAACAGGUGCUCAGCUGAAUGUGGGAUGGGCGUACGAACCCGUGGAGUCCUCUGCCUGACCAACCACAUCAGCGGCCUUCCUCUGGAGGGGUGCGGCAACGAGCGGCCGGCGGACUCUCAGGUCUGCAACAACGGCCUCUGUGAGAAUCGCAUCGAGUGGUUCACAGGCCCCUGGAGCCAGUGCUCUGCAGAGUGUGGCGCAGGCAGCCAGCAGAGGUCAGUGGUGUGUCUGAUAAAGUCAGACGAAGGAUUCACCGUCUCGCCACCGUAUGAGUGCUCCUCCCUGGAUCGGCCCCUCGGCCAGCAGAGCUGCAACCUCAAGGCUUGUGGAGCAAAGUGGUACCACACUGACUGGAGUGCUUGCUCAAAAACAUGUGAGGGAGGUUUCCGUGUGCGGGAGGUGCGCUGCCUGUCUGAUGACAUGAUGUCCAGCGAGGGCUGCGAUGAGCAGCUGAGACCAGCGACGAGGGAGGACUGCAACCCGCAGCCCUGCAUACCUAUCAUAGAUGAGAACUGCAGAGAUAAAUACUUUAACUGCAACGUGGUGGUCCAGGCUCGCCUUUGCGUGUACGAUUACUACAAGACGACGUGCUGUGCUGCGUGUUCACGAGUGGCCCACAGACAGUCGAUUCAUCUGGGCCGCAGCUAGCACUCUCUACCAGGGUCCCUCAGCUCCAUGUUGGGCCAGACUCGAUACCCGCUGCCGGUUCCUGUGCCAGCCAGGGGAGUGGACCAGCUGCACCUUGGCUUAAACGGACACUUGUUUUGACUGCCAAGGAUUGAAACUGAAGAAGGAACAUUUCUGUUGGUUCAUUUGGAGACAGCCGUUGGGAGAAAGGAAUACCUAAGAAUAGUGGAGGACAGGAAUCCACUCACUGGAUAAACAGAGCCCUGGAGGGGCGACAGAGAUCAGUAGCAAACCGACGAACCUACAAAACACUUUAUGGAUUUUAACCACCAAGUUUGACAUGAAGAAUCCAUCUGUUUUUGUUUCAAGGCCAGCAGUUUGCAGCUGUCUUUUUACCAAUAACGGCUGUUGCGGAUUACAUGAUAUGAAGAGGAGAGCACCUGUAAACUGUUUAAGGUGGACUAUAUAUAGAAAGUAUAUGUUCUAGUAGGGUUCUUACACUUCAAUGGUCAGAUUUAUGGCAUGAUGUCAUAUGAAGUCAAUGCAGUCUCACCUAUAAUCAACUAUUUAACAUCUACUUUGUUGACCAAAGAUAUGUAACCUCAUCAAACUGAAGACAAAUUUACAGUUUUUUCUUAAGAAACAAAUACUGAACAUCAAACCCUCCAUGGUGCUGAGGGUGUAUCCUUCAUGCAGCAUUGAUUCACAAGAAAAACGCCUUGAAUGACGUCUUUGUGGCUCAGAUGAGGCUUUUCUGAUAGCUUAAGAAAUGGCAAACCACCUUUCUUCCUACCUGCACAGCCACAAGGUGUAAAUGCAGCCUGUGUAAUGUGUAUGUAUAUAUGUAUGUAUGACAGAAUGAAUGAUAAAGGUCUUUUUUAAGUGUUCUCAGACAGUCCUCCCAGCAACUGAAGAGAAAAAGGCCUUGAGUGGCUCCCCAGGGAUGUCACUGGUUAAUCGGCCACCAUGGCCCCUCGGCUGUGGGGAUGAAACCUUAGCUGCCUCUCCACCAAUCACAGCCUCUGAACUGAAUGUAGGCAUUCCACGGCCUGCUGGAUGGUAGAAGCGUAUUUUUGGAGAUUCCACAAUUGUACAAUUCCUGAGAAAUCACCAAUCAUAAAUACAUUGAAUUAGACAUGAAAUAUUAAUAUUUGAUUGUAAAGAUAAAUCAUGACAGUAUUUUACAACUAUUGAUCUGGUAUGGCAAAUAUGAGGUUUACAUUAAUAGUGAAUCCUCGCCCCUUUUUUCAGUUUCAUACCCAACCUGCACACAGUACCUCUCAAGUGUUCAACUGUUUUUGUAUUAUGUUAUCAUUUCCCUCCAUGCACUAUAAACUUACCUCUGAUCCAUAA